AUGCAGCCCGCAAACGAUCUCAAGGGCAUCAUCUGCCAGUCUCCACCCGUCGACGUGAGCAAGCCCUACGACGCUUCAACUCUCAAGGGCAAGACAAUUGUUAUUACCGGAGGUGCCAAUGGACUGGGAUCCCACAUGGUUCGUGAGUGGGCUUCCCACGGUGCGAAUAUCAUCAUUGGCGAUGUUGCCGAUGCAGCUGGCGAGGAGCUUGUAGCUUCCCUCACAGCUCAAUAUCCAGACUCGGCCUUUGCCUUCCAACACUGCGAUGUCACCGAUUGGGAGUCUCAAGUCAGUCUGUUCGAGACAGCUGUUCAUGUCAGCCCCCAUGGCGGAAUCGACAUUGUGGUUCCCAACGCGGGCAUCAUCCUCCCUGAUGUUUCGAUGCAGUUCGAGGAGCCUGUUCUCAAGAAUGGCCGUCUUCCCAAGCCCGACACGAAGCAGUUCGAUGUCAACAUCACCGGUGCUACCUACACCACUCACCUCGCCCUCUACUGGUUGCCUCAGAAUGGAUCUUCUCCUCGUGAUCGCUGCCUUCUCCUGGUCGGCUCACUCGCUUCCCUCUGCCCCUUCCCCACUCAGACCAUGUAUGCGAUGAGCAAGCAUGCCAUCCUCGGCCUUUUCCGCACUCUUCGUUCGACGUCCUUCCGGAGCGGUGUCCGCGUGAACAUGAUCACGCCUUACUACGUCUCAAAGUCCAACAUGCUCAAGCUGCCCGUCGAAGUGGCCUUCCUCUCUGGCACAGCAGGCGGGGCCAUGAUCGAGGAUGUCAUUGACGCUGCCACACGCCUCAUUGCCGACGAAGAGAUUGCCGGCCGUGCUCUUUGCAUUGGUCCCAAGCUCAAAUCGGCUGGCGUCGAGGGCGUCGAGGACGAGGACGACUUCAUGAUUGUCCAGGAGCAUGAGAACAACGGACAGGGCCGAGCCGUGUGGGAAUGUUAUGCUGGAGAUUUUGACAACACUGAUGCAUUCACGAAGCGAUACAUUUUGUUGCUGAAUGCAGCUGAACGAGUCAAGGGAUGGUUUGGUAUCUUCACUGACAUCUGGGGCAUGCUUCGUCGCAAGUAAGCAAUGGGCGAUGGUCGGUGAUGAUGCCGAUAAUGAUCACGUUUUUUUCGAUUCUUUAGAGUGACCUUGGAAAAAUGUCUCAAGGCCUCCUUUUUUUUUUUUUUUUGGAGCGUUUGGUAGCUGUUCUGAUCAUGUGGUAGAUAUUCGGGUUGACGCGUCGGAUUCUGCGAGCCGGAACCAGUAACGUACAUGGGACAGGAUACAUAUGAUAGGGGCCCAUCAUGGGCAUUGCAACAAGUGUAGAUAGUCAAUGAAAUGACAUACACAU